AUGCAAGAGUACUCGCUGGAAGAAGUUGCCGUGCACAAGACACGAGAUGACUUGUGGGUAAUAGUCCACGGCAAGGUUUAUGAUGUCUCGAAAUAUGUGAGAGAUCAUCCUGGCGGUGCAGAUGUCCUAAUUGAUGUUGCCGGCACGGAUGCAACAACGGCCUACGAAGAAGUAGGGCAUUCUGAAGAUGCAGAUGGGAUCCUGAAAAGCUAUUUAAUUGGCACUGCCAAGGAUGCCCAUGAAGUUAGCCGUCCCAAGACUGUUCGGCUAGUCCAAAACCAGGCCGAGAGCCCAAAGUCUGUCAAGCGCUCAUCGUCCUCUAUCUCCACAGUUACACUGGCGGCUAUCCCAAUUGCCGGUGGACUGUCACUUCUAUUUGCUUCGAACGGCCAACUCAGUCUUCCAGACGUGUUAGCGAAGACUUCGCUCUCUCAGUUGUCGCUUCGCUGGCUUCCAGCUGUUCACUUGCCCCAGGGAGGAUUCUCAAAUGGGUUUAUUGCAGCCAGUCUUUUGUGUGCUGCUGUCGGCGGUGUUAUUGGAAGCCAGCUAUCCAAGUUUACUCAAAUCGAGUCAGGCUUUACAAAAUAUCCCCCGCAUUUGAAAAGCCACAAUGUCGCCAAAUCCAAUCCCCAGCUUGCUCGAGGCUGGCUGGAGCCAAAGGAAUACAAAAGCCUUCCGUUGAUUAGGAAAGACACGCUGUCGCCAAAUGUCUUUCUCUUUGUGUUUCAGUUACCAAACCCAACGGAUGUGAUUGGUAUUCCUAUUGGCCAGCACGUCGCUAUCAAAGCUGCCAUCGAUGGAGCAGAUGUCUCAAGAUCGUACACUCCAGUUUCGAACAACGCCGAUCUAGGCAGACUGGAACUGGUCAUUAAAUGCUAUCCAGAUGGUUUGCUGACUGGAAAAUAUCUGGCAAACCUAAAGGUGGGCGACAAGGUUCUCUUCCGUGGGCCAAAAGGUGCAAUGAGAUAUAAGAAAGGUCUCUGCAAAAAGAUCGGAAUGGUUGCGGGAGGCACAGGAAUUACACCCAUGUAUCAGCUAAUUCGCGCUAUCUGCGAAGACGAUACAGACACAACUGAGGUCAGCCUGAUCCUUGCCAACCGAACCGAAGAGGAUAUUCUCCUGCGCAAAGAACUUGACGCAUUCGCCAAAAAGUACCCCAAGAACUUCAAAGUUUGGUACAUGUUGGAUCAACCUCCGCAGAAAUGGGCCUAUGGCAAAGGUUUCGUCACGCAGGCAGUAAUGGCUUCUAAACUACCAGCUGCAUCACCUGACACUAAAGUUAUGCUCUGUGGGCCUCCUGGAAUGGUGAAUGCUUCUAAGAAGGCCUUGGUAACCAUGGGAUUUGAAGCUCCAGGGGCCGUUUCGAAGAUGACGGAUCAAAUCUUCUGCUUCUAA